AUGGACUGUUGGAAACGAUCCACUGCUGUGAAGCGUAGUAAAGAUUGGAUUUCAUUGAUUACCAUACACAGCGUUGAUGAUUUAUCGAUAAAAAUUAGAGGGAAAAUAGCAAACGAAGAGAUAAAACAAAAUAGAUAUUUAAAUUUUGCAUUGGUCAGCGUUGGCAGGCGCAUUAAUCAACCACAAUUUUGUCCGCGCGUCAAACGCAAUUAUAAAACGAUAACCAGAAAACGACAAUUUUGGAAAAGCGCUUUGGAAUUAUUGGAUUCAUUUUGA